AUGGCAGAAGAAACUAUCUCGCUGAAAGCAGCCACCCGGCGGUACAAAGAACCAAUCUCAAAGUUCACUGCUGCCCGAUAUGCAGUGGUAUACUAUAUACUGCACUAUUUCAUCGUCAUCGCCAAUAAUGUACUUGCUUUCAAAGAGAGGUUCAUAUCGUCGGCACAUCCACCUACAGUUGUCAAAAAAUAUGCUUGUCUACCGAAUCUACACAUAAGAAUCUUUUACCCAAAAGGUUUCGACGCACAAUCUCAGAGAAAACUCCCUACCAUUCUCAGUAUCCACGGCGGCGGUUUCGUUAUGGGCAAUCCUCGUGACGAUGAUCUGUUCAACUAUAACUUUGCAAACAUGCAUUCCGUUCUGGUCGUCGCACUCAACUACAGAAAAGCCCCUCGCGUUCGUUUCCCAACACCCAUAUAUGAUCUGGAGCAGCUUAUCUUCGCCGUCCUAUCCGACUCCUUUCUGCCCAUCGACAAGGACCGUGUUGCUCUAAUGGGCUCUUCUGCCGGUGGAAACUUGGCACUCUCUGUAUCUCUACUGCCUAGUAUGUGUGGCAGUGGAGACGGCGUUAGACGGAUCAAGACUGUAAUCCCCAUGUAUCCUGUGGUUGACAUGUCAGUGAUACAAAAGUACAAAACACAAACUAGGCAGUAUAAGCCAUCUCUUGGAGGCUUUCGCGCGAAACCUGUCGAUUUCCUUGCUCGUCUUUCUCCAGUCUUUGAUGCAGCUUACACAUUGGCUGGACAAGAUUUCCAAGAUCCUCUUCUCAGUCCCAUUUACGCGGCCAAGGAACAACUGCCGCCAAACAUGUUUGUACUUGCCGAUGAGCUUGAUAUGCUCGCAAACGAAGCCUGGAGAAUGAUUUGCGAUCUGACAGACCGUCCAAUUGAGGAGCAGACUGUCGGUCGUAGUCCUGUUGGCCCCCCGGGAAAGUUGAUUCUUGACGAUGAGAAGUUCUCGUUUGGGGUGAAGAAACAUGACGGAAACUACAGAUGGUUGUUGAUCCCAGAUCAAAUUCACGGGUACGAUCAUUACGAUUCGUUGCAGUUGCUACAUGGAGACAAGGAACUAUCUAGAGACGCGGAGUUGAAGACUACAGAAGCUCAAAAGUUGAUUGGAGAAUGGCUCUUUGAGGGACCUUUUGCAUAA